AUGCUUGCCUGCGUGAGCGGUAUAAAAAAUGUUGCUCUGAAAGGUAGAAGUAUGGUACCUCUAGAGAAGAGGAACAUAUUUUUCAUUUAUUUCUUUAUCUUACUAGGAACAACCUUAGAUAAUCUGAACAAUGGUACGAUGUUGACACUUGCAGGUGAUAUACAGGAACGGUUUAACACUGAUUCUUCCACAACAUCUUGGGUUUUAUCUGGGUAUGCUCUUACCUUAGGGUCGUUCAUUAUGGUCACUGGUAAAAUAGCAGACGUCAUCGGUCCACAUAACAUCUUUUUGUGCGGGUUGACGACUAUUUGGGUCUGUUCUCUUGUCUGCGCCGUUUUACCACAAGUAACAAUUAUUCCGUUGAUUGUAUUUAGAGCUAUCCAAGGUAUUGGUGCUUCAUCACUGAUCCCAGCUUCUUUAUCUCUAACCGCCAACUAUUUUAGUGGUAAAAGAGCAAAAUUUCUUCCCACGGCAAUUGGCUUCCUUUUGAUUGCUCUUACUUCUAGUUUUGGGGUGGGAAUUAUUAUUGGAGGUGCAUUCUCUCUUACAUCCAUUGGUUACAGAAGUUUUUUCUAUUUUUCAUUUGCUGUUGGUUUAUUAUGCAAUAUCAUUCUCUACUUUAUGAUCAUUCCAAUUGAGCAAACAGAAGGACAUAAACAGUUGGAUUUGAAAAAUGUAGACUAUGUUGCUGCUUUGCUUGUGAUUAUUGGAACCCUUUUAAUGAUUCUCGGCUUAACCGAAGGAGGUGAAGGUUGGGUGUCUGCAAAGGCUAUUGCACCUCUAAUAAUUGGUUUUCUUGUGGUUUUGGCUGCUCUAUUUUUUGAAGGCAUAUAUUUGAAAAGGUUUCGAAAGAAGCAUACUUUGCAAGACAGAAAUACAGACUGGAGGCUAAGUGUGGAAUUUCUCUUUCCUCCAGAAAUCCUUCAUAUUCCGAAUAUAAUGGUCUUUUUAACUGUUACCGGCCUUCAAUACGCUACAGAGAUCAUGUUUAUUGCAUCCGGAGUACAGUAUUUCAUGUUUGUCGAACACAACUCUCCCAUUCUUGCAUCGGUAAAAAUUUUCCCAGUAUGUGCUGGUAUCAUUUUUGGUGCUCUAACAUAUAGACCUUGGAUGUACGAGAAACUUAAUGGGAAUAAACUAUUUGUCAUUUCUGCUAUUUUAUCUCUGGUAGGCGUUAUUUGGUUUUCUAGAUUGGAUUAUACUGUAGCAAACUCAUAUUGGAGAUACUGCAUUUUUUCAGCGUUUAUUUAUGGUUAUGGAAUCAAUAUCUUUUUCAAUAUCUAUAUGAACGUUGUAAUCGAAUCUACACCACUUCACCUUCAAGGCGUGGUCAAUGGUAUUUUACAAACUACAUCCCAAGUUUUGCUGAGUAUUGGUAACGCUCUAGUCCCAUCCAUAACUGGUAAUGUUAGUUAUGCUACCACUGAAGAAAUGAAACAGUAUUUACAAGACAAAUAUAGGGUGAUUUUUUACAUCAUGAUGGGUUUUCAAGGUGUUGUUUUAUUGUUGAUGAUCUUUUGUAUCCAAAACAACCCGUCAAAAAGGGAAUCAGAGGAAGACUUACAGUCCGUUGACUGUUUGAACAUUGAGAAAGAUGAGGAGGUUUUUGAAAAAGUGGAGUCCAAAGGAAUUAACUAA